UCUACUUUCGCGCCUCAGAUGGCGCUUCUUCCCUCCGCUCUCUGUAAACACGGCGGGCUUUACGUAAGUCUCUUGACAGACGACACGCGCUUCCGCACUCAACUGGGACCUUUCGAACUAAACCCACCCUUCCCGAGGUGAUUUCCGACCGAACAAUGGGCAUCGUGCGGUUAGUACAUUCGCUGAGGAGUAGAGAGGACCCACUGUCACGGUUCGCCGUCAAGGCCACCCUCGUAGGCGGUGUCGUUUACUACAGCGUUCAGCAGGGCCUGUGGUCCAAGUCCGAGGACACCGUGCAGUUAUACGGCAGGCUCUACAACGGCAUCGCGCCUUACGUUAAGGACAACAUCCCCAAGGAGGUCAUCAACGAGCUACCACCGUUGCCGAGCACCAGUGACCUCUCCAACUCCGUCAAGUCAUCGUGGAACAAGGGAGUCAUAGCGAGCAUGAAAUUCCUGUCGGAGACUCCGACCUACGUGGCCAGCGGUGUGCAGAGCGUUUCGGAAACCAUGCGGGGUUACAUAGAGCAACAGAGAGUGUCCGAGAAAAGUCAAUAGCGUUUUCUAAUCCUAUAUUGUGGAUUUUAGGGAAACAUAACAUCAUUGAACCGUUGUUAGCUUCACUCCUGCUGUUAAUUUAUAUAUCUAUACACUGUUGACGCGGCUAUUUACAUAUCGAGCGUUUUCUUACUAAUUUAUUAUAUGUCCAAUAAAUAUUUUAUCAUGGAA